GAGAAGUGCUCCUCUGUUGUUACAACAAGUUGUUCUCUGUGCUGGAGAGAGUUUUCGCUUGUGAGCAGUGUUGUUUUUUUGCAUGACGAGCGACCUUUUGUUGGCACUUUUAAAGCACAGAGUGUAUCUAAUCCUAAUCAUUUUCGUUUUGUUUUGUUCUGCUCUCGUUCCUCUGGCACGAGCAAAAAGGAUAGAAAUCAUGAGAUCUUCACGCGAGGCAAGAUGUAAAAAGAAGUAGUGUGUGGUGGUUCUUCAUCUACUUAACCCCUGGAGUGGGUACAAUCAUUCACUCACUCAUCCAUGAAAAAAUGAACCAGUGCGAACCAAUGAAAGUGAACCCCUCCCCCAUGCACACAGCCCCUUUACCUCGAGAAUAGUUUGGCGAGCACAUACUCUAUGACUAUAAUUUUUUGAUUUCUACUUGCGCUUACAAGCAACGUAAUGGUAGCAGAUUGUGAAUACUACUCUUUUAGUGCUCGUGUGAGUUUCCCUUUCACAUAUCAAGACCCAACUAUUCUUGACUAACUUGUUUGCAUCUCACACGACUUAGGUCGUGGUUACAACCACUGGAAAAUUCUUACCUCGUCCAGUGACGUAAAACUAGAGGUAAUUCAUAGUCCCUGUAAAGCUAGGCUUUCAUCAUUAAAUUAUGCGUCUACUUCCAGCUGGGCGAGUUAAACCUGGACGAGUUAUACUACUAGCAUACUUCGAAGAAGAUAUUGAGCAAGUGGGAGGAAGCUAUUGGUGUUGAGCAAUUACGAGGAAGCUGAGAGACAGCAGGUUGAAGUAGAACAGUUUAUUUCGGUUUGUCUAGUUCUAGUGGGGCAUCAAUGAUAUUUCCGCGCGUCCUAUGACAUAACUGACAACUGAGACAUAACUGACAGCUCUAACUGAUAGCUGCAGGGCGUUUGGCUCGCCGUUAGACAACCUAUUGCGGUUUUACCUAGUUGUUGGGGGACACACCUUCGGAUUGAAGGUUUGGCGUGUCGCUAGACGCGAUAUCAAUACUUUGUUCAGCGUCAUCCCAUACUUCCAGCAGCCAUUGAUUGAAAAUGACGGGCCAAGUUCAUCACGUUGAAACAGGUGUGGAACUCACACAUGGUCUGAAUUAUGGGCAUUCCACAAGUAUUAAUACAGCUCAUGUUAAGGGUUUCCGAAUUGCAUUCCUCACUGCCAUCCUUCGCUCGUUUUCCAGUAGGAAAAGGGUCGAGGAUAUUCUGAAGAAUGUAAUUUCGUAACCUCUAAUCAUGACAAAGAUGAACCUCAACAAGCUCAACAGCCUUCUUUUGUUGGGCAAGGUGUAGCACGAACAGGAAGAUAUAUGUCGUCCAGAGUGGCGCCUGGUACAUCUUCAUUGCAAGCAGCAAAUAGGAGCUUCUUAGAAGACGGCCAACAAAAUGCAACUGCGGCCUCUUCAGAGGAAGAGCGGACUGAAACGACCUUGGAGCAGGUUAGUUCCGGUUCGCAUGGGAGUUCGUCGAACGAGGACUUGGCGCAUCACCUAGAGACUAUGCACGCAGGAUUACGGAAUGCACAGUUCUUACGGUCUGCGGUUUACGGCGGCAUAGAUGGCGUGAUCACCACUUUUAGUAUCAUCUCUAGUGCGCAUGGAGCCAACUUGGGGUAUGGAGUGACAGUAGCCUUAGGCAUUGCGAACGUGCUAGCAGACGGGUUCUCAAUGGGGUUUGGAGACUAUAUUUCUGGUACCUAUACGACAGUGAUAUUUCUAUUUAAAGAUGCAGUGGUGUGUAGUUAGUUAUGUUCUUGCCUACUUCGAAUGCUUGCAUGAGGGAUAGAAGAAGCUUUAGAUCUAUUCAAAGCAGUUCCUUUUACUUUUCCACUUAAGUAGCAGUUCCUUUUACAACUUUUCCUCCGUCACUGCACUACUACUUUUUUUUCCGUUAUAACCGUACCCCAUCUCCUACCCUACUACUACACUUGGCGAACCCUUUGGCGUCUCUUCCUAGGUAAGCUCGAAAAGAGCUAUGUAGAGGGUGAACGUGGUAAAGAAUUGGCAGAGUUUAGGAGGAAGCCAAAACACGAGAUGGCAGAGAUGGUAGAAAUGCUGGAGAAGGCAGAAAACAUGCAGCAUCAAGAUGCCAAAACACUGGUGCGAGUGAUGGCGAAGUACUACAGGACAAUUAAGUCUACUCGUUCUUAAUCAAACUUUUUACUGCUAAACUCGUUCUUAAUCAAACUUUUUAGUGCAGGGGUUAGUUUUUUUGAUAAACUCGUUCUUAAUCACGUCUGGGAAAUCGCGGGUAGACACCGUCUGGGAAAUCUUAGGCAGAUCGCCGAAUAGAUUCAAAUCGUCAACUCGUUCUUGAUCAAACUUUUUACUGUAGGGGUUAGUUUACUACACGACGUAUAAUCUAGUCCUUUCAUCAGUAUUAUUUGAGACUGAAAAGUGCAACAUUGACAUGCACAAGAACUGUAAUCUAAAGCUCAUUUGUGAAAGAUACUCUUACAAGUUAUAGUAGAUGAGAAGGAACACAUGACGUGUAUUCAGAAGAAUUUUUACAUUUAGACAACAUUUAGACACGCACUUGACAGGUACGAGCACAUGUUCAUCCGAAACAUGAUGCAAUACGAACUGAACUUAAAUGCCGAGACCGAAUCCACUGGGGACCUCGUGAAGAAUGGCGUCGCGACUUGUAGCUCGUUUUUACUGUUUGGGUGCUUACCUUUAUCAGUCUACUUCAUCGGGUUUGGAUGGCCUGAGGAGGACCGGGACUCCAAUGCGAUCUACGCGGUAGCCUGUAUUGUGUGUGCGAUCGCACUCUUUGCCGUUGGCGCGUUCAGUGCGAUACUGGUGAAGCAAGACCGAGGUCAAGUGCUGAACAAUGGCACCGUCACGCUGCUGAAUGGCGCAGUCGCAGCGUCAUUGUCAUAUGUCGUUGGCUUCUUGUGUGAGCGAGCUCUGACUGGAGCUGGAUAAAAGAUGCCAAAGGAAAAAGCGGAAUGGCGACUUAAAUCUUUUGCCGCAGACUUAUCUUUUGGGGCACCAGUUGUAUCAGUGAAAAUGAACCUACUAUCGUACAACUAGGAGCUUUCUUAGGAAUAAGGAAACCCUAAGCCUGAAGUAACACUUUAACCUUCAGGGAAUUCGUUAGGUAAUUCCUUGCUGCAUCUCCUAGAAGUGAAUGUGAAGAAUUGUAAUGGACAUUGACUGACACGUAGUAUGGAUUUUACUUCGCAGUGCAUUUUGUGUAGGCAUACUGUGGAAUAAAACGUGUGAAGAUUAUUUUCACCUCAAGAAUAGGCACAAUCAUCAGCAUCCCCGAUCUCUGCGUGUGAAGAAUAAACUAAACUUUCGUGUUCGCGUGUCGUAGAAUCAAUGGGUGUUCAUCAUUCACUCAACAGAGCGUUUUCCUCUUUAGAUUAGUCGGACUCAUGAUAUGUCAUUCGUUGUCACUUUGCGCCUCCUAGGCUUAGCUACUGUAUAAUCUCUACAAGGAGCAUAUCAUAUGAAAGUCGCAGAUAGGUGUAUUGAUAGGAUAUAGUAGAUGUACUCUUAUACACCCUUGAAGAAGUCAGAUGUAUGUACCCCUUGAAUGGGUUUACUACUACUACUACUAUACAACUCUCAUGUACAACAACUCUUAUACUCUCAUACAUGAUGUUGACUAACCUAUGAUCCUGUGGAAGUCGAACCAACUCCUAUAUCAUGCUAAAUUGACAUCGAUGUCCUUUUUUCUUGAGCGCUGUGGUGCUGCAUUGUAAAGAGAGCGC